CUCACUCUGGUUGCUGCAAAAGCUCAACCCCGACGAGAGCAGCGUAGACAUGAAAGGAACCGCAUCGUGCCUUGUAGCGACGGGGUGACCAUUGAGCCUGACAUUGUGCGACCUGCUUUUCUCUCGUGCCUCUUUCGUGUUACGCAAUCCUCCUGUCGCUCUCUGGUCUUAAACUCCUAAUCCUUUUUCGUGCUUCGACGAUGUGGUAAUCUCAAGUAAUGCGUUUGGACGUUCUGCACUGUGUUCUUACGAUUACGUGUCCAAAUCUUUACCGAGCAGGGUCGGAUUAACAGGAUUCGCAUCUCGAGCAAUUGACAACAUUUGUAUGGAGGGGAAUUAGUAGGAUGUACGCAGAUUUGCUAGUCAAGGGUCGGAAAGAGCUGCUCUGCGUGAUUGCAAUCAUAUGACACCGAGCUUCCUUCAACUGUUCUCUCGUCCGGCUUGAGUUUUGGUAGUUCAGGAAGGAGCAUCUAUUAGAUGAACUGGAAAAGGUCUAUGAGGAAACGGAUGGAGUUUAAUGACUGGUGCUUGAGAAGCCCAUGAAUGAGGCAAUGGUGCCACCUACUGAUCCAUUCCGACUUCGAGGUCUUGCAAUUACACUCGAUUCUUCUCAUAUGUCGGAGACUUAGGAUGGAUUCCAUCGAUUAGGGCUGUUUGGCGGGAUACGGUCUGUGACGGGUUCGCUAGAGGGACGCGCUGCCAUGGCUGACGCUCCUUUAAGAAAUGUGGACAUUACAGAGAAGGCUAUUUCCGCUGCGGGGGCCGCAGUCAUAUCCGCAGUUAUUGUUAAUCCUCUGGACGUCGCCAAGACAAGACUCCAAGCGCAAGGAGCCGGAGUGUCUUAUCACCAAGCAACUUGUGAAAUGGAGGCUUCUAAAUCGUUCAAGGUGAGUGUAGAUGGAAGGUGCGCACCAGCUUGUCCCAGAACUAAUGUUGCAGGGAUAUCCCCCGAUUGCCCUCCUCCUAGUCAGCAUUACAAGGGAACUUUGGACGUUAUGCGAAGAGUUGCACAUGAGGAGGGCUUUAUUCGGUUAUGGAGAGGACUCAAUGCCUCUCUUGCAAUAUCUGUACCGACAGUUGGGAUUUAUCUACCAUGUUACGACGCUCUUCGAGAAGCUAUUUGUCGGUAUUCUGAUGAGAAUUUCUUGAAUAUGAAGCCAUAUGCACCAUUGUUAGCUGGUUCUUUAGCACGAUCUUUGGCAGUUAUUGUAUGUUCACCUCUUGAGCUUGCCAAGACUCGUAUGCAGGCUCAAGUAGAUCGAAAGAGUGGAAAAUUGCCUGGGAUUGUUUCGGUCUUACGUAGUGUGAAGGAAACUCAUCGAGGGAGUGCAGGCCGAUUGCAAGGAAUGAGGGUAAUGUGGACAGGUGUGGGAGCACAGCUUGCUCGAGAUGUUCCAUUUUCUGCUAUCUGCUGGAGUGUCUUAGAGCCUGCACGAGACUUUCUCCUUGAAGCUGCAGGCUCAGAUCCACAUAUAGGAAGGGUAUUAGGAGCCAAUUUUGGCGCAGGCAUGAUUGCAGGUGGCAUUGCAGCAGCUGCUACUUGCCCGCUUGAUGUAGUCAAAACUUGGCGCCAAAUCGAGAAAGAUCCUGCAAAAUCUAUGUCCACGACUCUUCGGCGAACGCUAUCUGAAGUUUGGCAGAAAGGAGGGCUGCGUGGACUAUACACAGGAGUUGGUCCUCGUGUGAGCCGUGCUGCUCCUUCAACAGGAAUAGUGAUCUCACUAUAUGAGGUUGUCAAGUAUGUUCUUCACAGAACUUAAUUUGUUUAAGACGGAAUACUAAACUGCAUUGUUCCUACAAGCUCCCGUAUGCGGAACAGUAGGUGUACUUUCAAGUUUUUUUGAUCAUAUAGCUUGACAAUUACCUGGGGAGAAGUUUUGGGCACUUGUACAAAAAUUAUGCUCCCUGUAACGGGUUUGCAAUGCUUUGGAGAUGGGCCAUAGCUGCACUGCGUCGUUACUCUUGCAACAAACAGGAGGAGAUAAUGUUUUCAAGGCUUUGAAUAAGUAGAAAUCUUUCGAGCAACCUGUUUUGACACUAAAAUUGGAGUUCGGAGAUUUAGGUGGGGCUUAUUAGUGGUACUUGGAAUGAUCACCCUGAGCUCAUGGACCGCAUGCAAAUGGAACUCUGAGCGAUCAUUCAUUGUUCUUCCUAGAAGCUUAACAGAGACUUAGCACGUCUACAAGCGUUUUAGAAAGGUGAAUUACACUGAAAGGAUCUGUCAAUUUUAUACGAUCCUUGUAUCACUAGUUAGAAGCUUCAAAAACCAAAAUUUGGACAGAUACUUGCAAUAUGAAGAUGUCCGCAGUUGGCAUUUCUUUGGAAUA